AUGAUCGUUCUUCUGCUCGUGUCCGCCAUAUUGGUUUCAGUAUCUGCCAACGAGAAGCGGGAACAACAUUGUUAUGGUGAUUUGGGAUGUUUUCAAACGUGGAGUGAAUUAAAAACAUUGCCACAAGAUCCUGCGCAUGUUCAGACGUCGUUUAAUCUGUACACGAGACAAAGUAAAUCCCCAGUGGUUAUUGCAGCCAACGCUUCCCACUCUAGUUGGUCUAAAUCCAUCAGUCAUUCUCAUUUCUCCGCUAGUAAACCAACCAAAUUUCUUAUUCAUGGAUUUAUGAAUAGUAAAAAUUCAGGAUGGAUGCCAGUGACUAAAGCAGCUCUAAUAGCCCAAGGAGAUUACAAUGUAUUUAUUGUUGAUUGGGGUCACGGUGCUCAGCUUCCGUAUGAACAAGCUACUGCCAAUGUCUUCUUGGUGGCCAAACAGACUGCUUUAUUCAUCCAGAAGCUUCAUUCAACCGCUCACGUUGAUCUGAAUAAUGUCCAUCUUAUUGGACACAGUCUGGGAGCUCAGAUCUGUGGUAAUAUCGGAAGCCAUGCUAGAGGUAUUGGUAGAAUUACUGGUAUGGACCCAGCCCAACCAAUGUUUGAUCAAUUUGACAAUUCUCGUCAUCUUGAUGCUUCUGAUGCUCACUUUGUUGAUGUGAUCCAUUCUGAUGGGGCAGAUUUUACUGGGGUAGCAGGUUAUGGAUGGAUUAAGCCGCUAGGACAUAUAGAUUUCUAUCCCAAUGGUGGUAUGGACCAACCUGGAUGUAGUGAUAAUCCAGUUGGCACUGUAUCUUGUAGUCAUGGACGAUCACACGAUUAUUUCCUAGAAUCCAUUAAAUCCAGCUGUAAAUUUCUAGCUCAUAAAUGUAAGUCUUGGAAGGAUUUUGAAAAUGGUGAUUGCCAUGGCUGUUCUGGUGGAUGUCCUCAGAUGGGUCUCAAUGCUGAUAAAACAAAGAAUCUACGUGGAUCUUACUAUCUCAGUACUACUCAACACACACCAUUUUGUGGUAAGAUUGAAUUAUUUUGA